GUCUAACCGGGAAGGCGCGUGGAGCCAACAUCGAGCUGUUUGGUGAAGAAAAGAGCGAUCAUUGAACUCCCCCUUCUCUCUCUCUCUCUCUCUCUCUCUCUUCACAGAAAUUAAGGUACAGCAUCUCCCGGGAAGAACCAAACGUAUUCUCCGAAGAUCGAAGCGGAACGAAUUGGUCGGAGCCUCCCGUGUCGCCAUGGCAGUCGUAGCGGAUGACACCACCAGAAUAUGCAGUCACUGCGAAAGAUCUAUCCCUUCCCCAAACAUCGAUCUACACUAUGCCCAUUGCUCUCGGAAUCUUGAAAAAUGUAAAGUUUGUGGGGACAUGGUUCCUAAGAGACAUGCGGAGGAACAUUUCUUGACCACCCAUGCUCCGGUUUCUUGUUCGCUGUGCAGUGAGAUGAUGGAACGUGAUAUUUUAGCUGUUCAUAGAGGAGAAAAUUGCCCUCAAAGGAUCGUCACUUGUGAAUUCUGCGAGUUUCCAUUGCCUGCAAUUGAUUUGGCUGAGCAUCAGGAAGUAUGUGGAAACAGGACAGAACUUUGCCAUCUUUGCAACAGAUACAUUAGAUUGCGAGAAAGAUACAACCACGAACGUCGCUGUGAGGGUGUUCCAGAUCAUAGUGCAGGACCUUCCAGUAACAUCAGACCACCUCAAGGAGAGCGUCCUCCACGGGGGCAACCCAAUGAGUACUCUCCAAGGCGCAUCUUAUUCACCAUCGCAAUCACGGGUAUUGCCGUUCUAUUGGGUUCGCUAUUCUUCCAGAAAAAGAUGGAGAACAAUCAGGUGCAUUGAGUUUUGGACCGCGCAGCAGACACAUUCGAUCAAUGUAAAUCGGCUAGUAAGCUCUUCAUUUAUAGAGGCUGGGGAUCGUCCGAAACCAUACUAUUGUAAUGAUAAUUAGGUACAUAUGGGGUUGUCGCAAUAGAUUUGCCUGUGACGAGACGCUCGGUUGUCGCAGCUUUUCUUAGUUUUCUCACGAACUUAACUUCAUCAACGUUGGCUGUGAACUUUUUGCCUUGUGCUCAUGUUGUAUUCUUAGCAGUGGUUUAGCCAGA